AUGCCGUUAUCGAAUGUUACACUGGAUCGGACGUUGUCCGGCUUACCAAUGGCCGUGCCGAUUGUUGGUGAGCUGAGGUUGGCUGCGAAAAGUCGGCGAUCAAAACCUGCUUCACGCCUUAUGGCAGCUCUGGGCGUGGCAGCACAGCGACGUUUGCCGAGGAUCGAGAAGAAGAAGAAGAAGAGAAAGAGGAAGAGGCUAGGAGAGAAGACGAAAAUCGCAGUCAACAACGAAGCCUCUACCCUCUCUGAACGGAGGAGGCAGACAGCGUGA